AUGGCCCUGAACCCAUUAACCUUUGCGCAACGGCUCGAUCUCGAAGAGAUGGCUCCGAACGUAUCUCCUGCAACUGGUGCGUCGGCUCUUGGUCCAUCGCACGUCCUUCCCGGUUUGCAGUCCCGUCUACGACCCCUAGAUCAUGGUACCUUCGUCGACUUCAAAUCAAUGUCGCCUCUAGAGUGGAUGGCCAUGGCCAUCCACGGCCGCUCCCAUGCUCUAGAUGCAAAUAUGAAUGGCUCGCCAGUGACGUUCGGUCACCGCUAUGAUGGAGACGGCGAUUCCCCAUAG